UCCGCGGAGCUGCCGGAGCUGCGGCCGCGAGGGCCGAGACCGGUCCCGGCCCCGGUCCCGAUCCUGAACCCCAUCCCGAUCCUGAACCCCAUCCCCGUCCCCUCGGGGCCGCUCCCGGUGCCGGCCAUGAGCAAGCGGAAAGCCCCCCAGGAGAGCCCCAACGAGGGCAUCACCGACUUCCUCAUGGAACUGGCCAACUACGAGCGCAACGUGAACCGGGCCAUCCACAAGUACAACGCCUACAGGAAGGCGGCCUCGGUGAUCGCCCGGUACCCCAGCAAGAUCCGCAGCGGCGCCGAGGCCAAGAAGCUGGAUGGAGUAGGUGCUAAGAUUGCUGAGAAGAUAGAUGAGUUCUUAUCCACUGGAAAACUACGCAAAUUGGAAAAGAUUCGACAAGAUGAUACCAGUGCUUCUAUCAAUUUCCUGACACGAGUUACUGGCAUUGGUCCUGCUGCUGCUAGGAAGUUUGUCGAGGAAGGAAUUAAGACUUUAGAAGAUCUCAGAAAAAAUGAGCACAAGCUGACCCACCACCAGCGAAUUGGACUGAAAUAUUUUGAAGAUUUUGAGAAAAGAAUCCCAAGGGAAGAAAUGCUGCAAAUGCAGGAAAUUGUGCUGAAAGAGGUAAAGAAGCUGGACCCAAACUAUAUUGCUACGGUCUGUGGCAGUUUUAGACGAGGUGCAGAGUCAAGUGGUGAUAUGGAUGUUCUCCUGACCCAUCCGAGCUUCACAUCCCAGUCCUCCAAACAGUCAAAACUUCUGCAUCAAGUUGUGGAACAACUGGAAAAAGUCCACUUUGUCACAGAUAUGCUGUCUAAAGGUGACACCAAAUUCAUGGGUGUCUGUCAGCUGCCAGAGAAAGAAGAUGGCACAGCCUAUCCCCACAGGAGAAUUGAUAUCAGGCUUAUCCCCAAGGACCAGUAUUACUGUGGUGUGCUGUACUUCACAGGGAGUGAUAUAUUCAAUAAGAACAUGAGAGCUCAUGCCCUGGAGAUGGGCUUCACCAUCAAUGAGUACACCAUCCGUCGCUUGGGUGUCACUGGAGUUGCUGGAGAGGCCCUGCCCGUGGAAUGUGAAGAAGACAUCUUUGACUACAUCCAGUGGAAGUACCGGGAGCCAAAGGACCGCAGUGAAUAACUGUCUGGGUAGCCUGGAGAGAUGUUUCAUAGCUUCUUAUGAAGUGCAUAGUCUUACUUUGGUUGUUACUGCAAAAACUGUGUGUUACUGAUGUUUAAAGCAAGUCCAUGGCACUAGUACAGAACAUGUAGUGAAGAUCAAAUCCUGCAAGAUGUCAUGGAAUAGUUUGGGUUGGAAGGGACCUUUAAGUGUCUUCUAGUCCAACCCCCUGCAAUGAGCAGGGACAUCUCCAACUAAAUCAGGUUUCUUAGAGCCCAGUCCAGUCUGGCCUUGAAUGUUUCCAGGGUUGGGGCAUCCAGCUCCUCUCUUUGUAUCUUAUGUACGUGUAGCCACAGAAUGAGAAAGCGAGCUGUGUCCUGAAGUACUCCUAAAGAUACCAUUUUCAACUGCUAUUUAUAUCUCCUUAUCUCUGGGUUAAGCAUCUUGAAGCUCCUGAUGAGCAGUUUCCUUCUAAACCCGUUCAGUAUGGGCUGUACUCUGAUGUGACCAUUCUCCUGCUGUGUGGGACUGGGUUUUGUUACCAGGGGUGUUGUAUUCCUGUCCACUGCAGUGCUCUGUACUUUGUUCACUUUGUUCAGCUUGGUCUGAGGAAUCGAUGCAUUUCCACCACUCCUGUAGAUUCAGUCUGCUCUUUUUUAUGUGCAAACCUGUCAGAUCUUAUUUUAUGCCUCCUCUUUAACUGUUGAGGAAGGUAAGGACUGGUUUGGAUAUGAGGUCUCAUCAAGAAUGCAUUGCUAGCUGUAUUUGGGACAAAGAUUCUUUAUUGUCAGACAACCUGACCUGAAUCAUAAAACAAAGAUGGAUGUAAUACUAUUUCUUAUUUUUAUCUGACUUAAGCUUACAGAACAACUACAUUUUUACUUGUUCUUAUACAAUGAGUGUUGAUCAGUCUUAGUAAUGGAGAUUAUAGGCUGGUACUCCUGAUUAUAUCUUUAUUUUCUUCUGUUAUUCAUAUUGGGAGUUUUAAUAAUUUUUCUGGGAAUGUUCCCCAGCAGUAAUGCAUGUAAGGUAACUAGAAGUUAACUUGGUGCUAUGUGAAGUCUUCUGAUGCCUCAUAGUAAAAAUAUUUAGUAUUUUCUUCAAUGAUCAGUGGGAAUAAAGAAAUUGAAUAUUCCAUCAUGAAUGUGCAAUCCGGUUUUGUUAUUAUUUAUUAGCUACAAUUUUAAGAGAUCACGAAGCAGUAACACAGGUAUUUCCUGGGCAGCACAUAGCAUUACACUGAUGUCUUCUCCAUCCUCUUCCACAGGCAGCCCAGCUUUGUCCGGGGCCUCGAGGCAGAACUCGCUGGCUUUGCAGUCCCUCUCUGUAACGCUGUGAAUUCUUCUAUAUGAAAAAAAAAACCCACAAAAGGCUUGUUCAGAGUG